CGAGCUCCCACUCCCCAUGGCCUCCGCUGCCAACGACGCCGCCGCCGCCGAGCCUCCGGUGCGCCUGUCACUCCCUCUUGAGUUCCAGCAAGAGAUCUUCCACUCCCUGCGCGAUGAGGACCAGCUUCUCAUCCUGGCGCGAGGUCUCGGCCUGCUCCGCCUUGUCACCAAUCUCCUGCACUCCUACGAUGCGGCAGGGCACAACCUCGUCAUCCUCGUAGGCGCAGAAGAUCGCGAGAAUGACUGGAUCGGCGAGUCGUUGGCUGAGCACGCCGCCGUGUCCGGCAGUCCGCAGUGCAGAGGCAUGCAGCUGGUCAACACCGAUAUGACCAAUGUCACGCAACGCGAGAGAAUGUACAAGCGCGGCGGCAUUUGCUCCAUUACCUCUCGCAUUCUGAUCGUCGAUUUCUUGUCGGGCUUGCUGGACCCGGCUACUGUCACCGGGCUGGUAGUAUUGCAUGCCGAACGGGUGGUAGCAACAAGCCUGGAAGCAUUCAUCGUGCGCAUCUUUCGCCAGAAAAACAAGAAGGGCUUUCUGAAGGCUUUUUCUGAUCAGCCCGAGCCCUUCACUACCGGCUUUCAACCUCUGACCAACGUUCUCAGGAACCUCUUUCUGCGAAAGCCCGUUCUAUACCCUCGUUUCCAUGUCACAGUCGCAAAGAGCUUGGAGGGUAAGAGGAAGGCAGAAGUCAUUGAGCUGGAGGUGCCCAUGACCGAAGCGAUGCGCGAUAUACAGAAUGCUGUCUUGGAAUGCGUAGAAGUCAGUAUUUCGGAGCUGAAAAAGAUGAACUCCGGCGUCAUCGAGCUCGACUUCACCAUGGACAGCGCGUUGCACAGAUCGUUCGACUCGAUCGUCAGACGACAGCUCGAUCCAGUGUGGCACAGAGUGUCGUUUAGAACAAAGAUGAUAGUUCGCGAUCUGACCAUGCUGAGGAACAUACUCCAUUCACUACUUGUGCUGAACGCAGUAGACUUCAAUAAGUACAUCGAUGUCGUUCUCGCAGCCAGCCAGCCUCCGCCAGGCAGCUCGAGAAAAGAAGUUUCCCCCUGGCUCUUCCUUGAUGCUGCUUCCGUGUUGCUUGACAACGCGAAGCGGAGAGUGUAUACCGGAAAGAUUACCGAUGGCCCGCUCGCCAAUGCUGAAAGGGAAGGCCUCAACCCCGUACUCGAAGAGCUCCCGAAAUGGGCUCUUCUGGCAGAGAUACUGGAGGAAAUCGAGCGAGAUGUCUACUUCAACCCGCAACCCCAGGACGAGUCGAGUGGCAGUAUUCUGAUCAUGUGCGCAGAUCACAACACCUGCAGACAGUUACGAGAAUAUUUGCAGACAAUGCACAACGAGGUGGACGAGAGCGGCGCAGGUCAGGGUAGCGAUGAUGACAUUACGAAAGAGCGACAACCGAGCGGCAGUUAUAUGAUGCGAAGGAAAUUGCGCAAUUACUUGAUCUGGAAGCGUGAUUUCGCUCGUGUGAGCAAUACCCUCUUCGCUGCUAACGAGAAAGAGAUCAACGGCACAGCACGGCACGCUUCGGGUCAGCUCAAGGGCGGUAAGGCGCCACCCAACAAGAGGAGAAGAAUUCGAGGAGGUGGCAACGCGGGAGCGGCUCCUGGGCGGAAUGCCAAUGGUGCUCUAUCAGUUGCUGGCGACAAGGAGUCUCAUGUCCAAGCACUCAUGAAUGAGCUUGCAGUGAACGACCUCGCAGAUGAUGCAGCGGCAGCGAAAGUCGAUAUUGGCGCCGAUCCUCUGGAUGACAUGGACGACUAUUACGAACUUUACGACAUGAAAGACCUUGUACUGGUACAUCCUUAUGAUGGCGACAUGGAUGACCACCUUUUGGAAGAGAUCAAACCGCGAUACGUGAUUAUGUAUGAGCCUGAUGCGGCAUUUAUCAGACGAAUCGAGGUCUACCGAAGCAGCCACAGCAACCGGCAGGUCCGAGUCUACUUCAUGUAUUAUGGCGGAAGUGUGGAAGAGCAACGAUACCUCAGCACAGUACGGAGGGAGAAGGACAGCUUCACCAAGCUGAUUCGCGAGCGCGGAAACAUGGCUAUGACAUUCACGCAUGACACCGACAACCAGGAUCCGCAAGAGGCAUUUCUGCGCACCGUCAACACGCGUAUUGCUGGUGGCGGUCGACUCAUGGCAACAGCUGAACCUCCUCGCGUGGUGGUGGACGUACGAGAGUUUCGCAGCAGUUUACCCUCGUUGCUACAUGGACGCAACAUGGUCAUAGUCCCUUGCAUGUUGACAGUUGGCGACUAUGUCUUAACGCCAGAUGUUUGCGUCGAGCGAAAGUCUGUCAGUGAUCUGAUCUCGUCUUUCAACAAUGGUCGCCUCUACAACCAGGCAGAAACGAUGCUGCAACACUACAAAGCGCCCAUGCUACUCAUCGAAUUCGAUCAACAGAAAGCAUUCACACUGGAACCCUUUGCCGACUUGUCCUCUUCCCUCGGCACACAUAGCAUAGUCGGGAAUGAUCUUCAAUCGAAACUAGUCCUUCUGACUCUCGCCUUCCCACGGCUGAAGAUCAUCUGGUCUUCAUCGCCUUACCAAACUGCUGAAAUUUUUGAAGAGUUGAAGAACAAGCAGGAGGAGCCAGACCCGAUCAAGGCUGUGCAAAUAGGUCUAGAGCAGGGAGAAGAUCCCGAAACAAGGACCUUCAAUCAGACACCUCAGGACAUGCUGCGAUGUGUGCCAGGAGUCACGAACAAAGCGCUGAAUAAGCUGAUUUUGGAAUACCGAAACGUGCAGGAAGUGGCGAAUGCUGAUGAGGCAGAGCUAGCAAUAAUGAUUGGCAAGGAGAACGCGAGGCAGAUAAGAGCUUUCUUCGACCGGAGUGUCUGGGACGACGGGGUCGGGGAGGAGUGAGCUUUGCGAAAUCACUUCAGCUCACACCGCUUGAAAAGCUCGCUCGUGCAUCUGUCCCUUGUAGUGCCACUUUCGCUCAGGUUUUCUCUCAAUUCUAUUGAGUGAGAUCCAGAUAUCGAUCUGCGACCAUACACACACGCGCCCAAGGUUGUUGAAGCUUCGACGCUCAGUCGUGCCUGAUCACCUUUCGA